AUGAACGACGAUCACGCAGAUCUAAAAACGAGCAGCGCACCUUAUAGGGCAGAAGCAAGUGAAGCUGGUAACCACGACGGGAACCCGAAGCCUAAAAAGAAAAUCUGUUGUGCGUGUCCAGAGACAAAGCAGGCUCGCGACUCGUGCAUCGCGGAGCGCGGUGAAGAAGCGUGCCGCGACCUCAUUGAAGCCCACAAAGCCUGCCUUCGGGCAGAGGGUUUCAACGUUCCUUUGUGA